AUGCAACCUAGACAGCAGGAGGUUGCUGCUCCUCUGAGGGCAACUAAACUAGAUUCAAUAGAUGUGUUUUCUCCACUUCACAACCUGUUGCUCCUGACUUUCUUCUUCUCUUGUUUCUCUUCAGGGAAGCUGACCGACACGGCCUCCUCCUCCUCUUCCUCGCGGUCAGAGAGCCCCCAGCUGCUCAGUCCUAAAGAAGGGAUCACCGCCUACAGCCACGCUCCACAUUAUGCCCCCGCCUACGCCGUGCACAUGCCCACACACGCCUUCAGCGACAGCGUCAUUCAGUUGAUAUGUGUUGCCAAGGGAACAGGCCUGGGACUCGUCGUCAAGGGUGGAGCCAACAGACCCGAAGGACCAAUGGUGUUCAUUCAGGAAAUAGUGCCUGGAGGAGACUGCCAGAAGGACGGCCGGCUGCAGGUGGGAGACCAGCUGGUGUCCAUCAACAAGGAGUCUCUGAUCGGAGUGACGUACGAGGAGGUCCGGAGCAUCCUGAACCGCACCAAGCUCAGACCAGAUCCGACGGUAGAGAUCGCCUUCAUCCGGCGGCGGUCGUCGUCCAGCUCUAGCAGCGGUUCCCACAGUCCUGUCUGUCUGCAGGGCUGUGGAGCCGGGCCCCAGGCUAAGGCCCCUGGGCCGGGGCCUCCGCAGCCAGCUGUGCUCACAAAGAUCACUUCCAGCAGGAACCCCCCCUGUGAGACGCUGCCGCCGGUCAACGUCACGCAGGUGCGAGUUUCUCCGGUCCGACCCGAGCAGCCAGGUGUCUCCUCAGUAGCGCCGAGCGACUGCAGCGGCGACCCGAACCCCGAUUGUGGGAGCAGUCAGCCUCCUCAGAGGAAAUGUUCGCUCAGUUCCAGCUGCCGCUUCAAACUGGAGAGACUGGAGCAGGCUCUGGACCUGAUCGGUCUGAAGCCCACAGAGGCUCAGCGACAGACGCUGAGGUCCAGACUACGCGCCGAUCCGACGGGAACCGUGGCCUUUGCAGAGCUCCCCAAUCAGACGAAGCUUUGGGAUCUUUUUACACCUCUGAUUUCCUCCAUGUUUGUUCAGCCAUCGCUGUCGGACUCAGACGACCUGGAGGAGAUGGAGAAGCUGAGGAAGGAGCACAUCGAGGCUCUGAAGGAGAUCAAGGCUCUCCAGGAGCAGCUCGUCGAGUCGCAGAGGGUUCACCACGAGCUGCAGGAGGAGCUCAGCAAGGUCAGACAGGAGGCUGAAGUUGGAGCAGAAGAGAGUCGGGCUCUAAAGACCAAGAUCCAGCUGGCUGAGGAGGCUCAGAAGCAAGCCAGGGGGAUGGAGAUGGACUAUGAGGAGGUCAUCCACCUGCUGGAGGCCGAAAUCGCUGAGCUGAAGACUCAGAGGAUGGAGCAUCCAGGAACCAAGAAGGAGGAAUCGGAGGAGCUGAGGAAGAAGGUGGCCAUCCUGGAGUGUCAGCUGCGGAAGAGCGAGGCGGCCAAUCAGGGCUUAGAGAUGUCGACAGGAAAGCUGCUGAGCUUCGUGGAGAACAUUCAGGAGUUUUUGAUGGAAGGUCAAGGACCCACAAAGAGCCACAGCUCUGGCGACGUUAAAGCCGGCUCAUCGUCUCACGCCGUUCCUCCGCGCUACAGGAAAAGUCCGUGGACUGCAGCCACUCUCGCUCAGGAGGCCAAAGAACUGACGCGGUCCAUCAGAGCCAUCCUGGAGGUGGACUUGCUGACCUUCUAGGGAGAACCUGCUACAGGAGACCAAAAUCUCUGAGGCAUCAGCAGGACUUCAACAGACUCUUAACUCUCCUCCUCAUCUCCUCACCCCCUGCUAACGGACUCCUUCAGCAAACCUGCAUGACGCGUUUGUUUUAGCGAAGCUGGACGGCUGCAUUCUGGCGCUUUAACCUGCAGACAGUUUCCUGCACGUUAACAUGCUGGGAAAACCGCUGUCUGAUGGGAACGUUUCUGAUCAGUCAGCAGGUGGAACUCCUCUAACGUUGGUGUAGACCUAACUCCCUCCCAUCUUCUGUAGCCCCUUCAUGGACUUAUAGAUCAGAGACCUCAGCAUCAAUGUUCAAAUGGUUGCCAUAUUGUGUAGCUGCCACUCCACCCAGACUCCACACGCCAAGUUUCUGUAACUUCCUGUAACUGUUAGCUGCUCAGUGUGUAGCUUUGUGUCUCAGAGGCUGAACGCUCGUCUUAGUGCAGUAGAUUAGCCCCGAAAACGAAGCAGGAGGAGAAACCUUCUCAUCUGAUUCCCUCACCAACGCUCCGGGGGGAGGAAGCUGGAAAAAUGGGAAUGUUUCCUUCCCAUCUGGAGUUAUCAGCUGUUUGAUCCUUUUGGAGUAAAUUUUCAGAUUCAUGUUGUUGUUUUGUUACCAGGAUUAGCUUCGUGAAGCUGUUGUCCUGUUUGACCAGCUGGGCUGU